CUUCGAGGGGCACUGGCUGCACAGGCCAUCUUAGCCUUUUGGCCUCCUCGCCUCCGCCAUCGCGCAGCACCUCGCGCCCGACAUCCAUCCCAUCCUCGACCCUAUCUUCCCUUGCGCGCGCAGCCCUCUGGAGCCGCCGCCGCCCUGCACCACCGUCCGCCGGCCGCCCCCGGUGCUCCCUCGCCGUUCGCAUGCCCUUUCGCGGAAUGAGAGACGGACCCGCCAGCUUCACCGCAGCCAUCACCACGCCCUAACGCCAACGCCCGCGCGCGCCCGGCCCUCGAGCCAUCUCGCCGUCAGACCUGCGAGCAGCCUGCCGCGUGCCGCACAUGCCCGCCGCAAUGGCCUCCACCGCCGCGCCCGCCGCCGCACGCAAAACCGGCGCGCCGGAGAAGAAGUACAAGUGCCAGUUCUGCAACCGCGCCUUCAGCAGGAGCGAGCACCGCAGCCGCCACGAGCGCUCCCACACCAAAGAGCGGCCCUUCAAGUGCCUCAAGUGCCGCAGCACCUUUGUGCGCCGCGACCUGCUGCUGCGCCACGACCGCACCGUCCACGCCAAAGACGGCGGUGCGCCGCUGCCCAGCGAGCAGAAGCGCCGCGCCAGCAACAAGGCCCUCGACGCCGCCGCGCCCGCGCCCAAGAGCGCGCUGCCCCUCGAUGCCCCGCCGCUCGACCAGCUCGACGCCAGCGAGGACGGCAUGGUCGACGUCGACAUCGAGACGGCCGCCAUGCUGAUGACCGACUUCCACCACAAGGCCAUGGCCAGCCAGGAGCCCGAGAUGGUGCUCGACCACGCCGACCCCGUCAUCUCGCCUGCCGGCCCGCAGCACAUGGAGCCGUCCGCCGCCCAGGUCCCGUACACGGCGCCCGGCCAGAACAUGCUGCCGCAGAUGCCCUGGCGCGACUCGAUGGUGCCGCAGUCCGAGCCCGAGCCGCAGCAGAAGACCCACUCGUCGUUCCAUCCGCACAGCCACCUGGCGCCCAUGAUGGAGCGCACCAUGUCCGGCAACACGGCCCUCGCGCCCACCUUCCCGUCCAUGAGCGAGAACAACCUCGGCACCCCCAAUCCGCUGUCGCCGUACCCGUCCAUGCUCGGCCCGGUCUCGCCCGUCGACUACCGCAAGUCGCCCGGCCCCAGCCAAGCACUGACCAUGACGAGCGCGCCCCAGCUCGAGUCCGAGGAGCAGUGCCGCAAGGUCUACGACAACAUCAAGCAGUACGACAGCGAGAACGCGCUCCUGGAUACGUUCCACCUGCCCAGCCUUAACACGCUGAACCGUCUGCUCAAGACGUACUUCGACCUGUUCCACCACCACCUGCCCUUUCUGCACCCGGCGACGUUCCACCCCACCGAGGUCGCUGCGCCGCUGCUGCUGGCCGUGCUUUCGAUCGGCGCUCUCUACAUCUUUGACCAGGACCAGGCAUACAUGCUGCACAUUGGCUCCAAGGUACUUGUCAACCAGUUCUUGCAGAACAAGGAGAACUUCAGCUCGCGAAAAUGUCCGCUGUGGACCAUGCAGAGCACUCUGCUGAACAUGCAAUUCUCCAGCUGGAGCGGCGACCCAAAGGGUCUCGAGUGGGCUUGCUCUAUCAAGAGUCUUCUCGCGAACAUGGUUGCAGGUAACCGUUACGAGCUCAAGAUCCGCUCUGAAGCCCGUGAAGGUGCUCAGCCGAGUCAUCAGGAGUGGAUCGAGGACGAGCAGUGCCGCCGUACCUACUACGCCGUGUACAUCUUCUUUGGUCUCUUGACAUUGACCUACAAUCACACACCCGCCAUGGGCUUCAAUGAGUUUGACACACUGGAGCUGCCGUCUUCAGAGUCUCUCUGGACCAUGAGUGGCGAAGAUGAGGAGGCAUGGCGCGAGGCUCUUGCCGUGUCGAAGAUCAUCACUUUCCGCCAGGCGCAUGACAACCUGUUUCAGGGCGAGACUGCACGUUAUAGUGCGUUUGCGACUCGUGUUAUGAUCAACGCCUUGUUCCUGGAAGUUUGGUACCACAAGCGCAGCCCCGAGGCACUUCAGGAUGUUGUUACUGAGUACAAGCUUCGCCUUGCGCUAGAGACUUGGGAGAAGUCACUUGAUUUGUGCGAGCCAGAGACCGUCGUGGUUCGUCUGAGCGCGCCUCACAAGGGGCAUCCUUUGAUCUUCAACGCUAUGGCGCUUUACCGUAACACACGAGCUCGACUUGUUGUCGACCUGAAGUCCAUCCAAGAGGCCCUUCGCUAUCACGACUCUUACGAAGUUGCGGCAGCUAUGACUAAUGCGCGCGAUAAGGUCCAGCGUUCGCAAGAGAUGAUCAAGGUCAUUCAGGAAUGCUUUGACUGCAUCGAGGUAGCAGCAGUGCAAGGCAUCCGUUGGGUCGCACGCACCUCUGCUACCAACUGGAGCAUUGAGCACCCGCUCGCAGGCAUGGAUCUUGUGGUGAUUCUCACACUCUGGCUGUACCGUCUGGAACACGACGAAGAGCCCGCAAAUGAAGAAGAGCUGGCCAUGUACAACAAGUUGCGUAACUUGUUCGACGAUGACUCGGUCGAUGUUUACGGCGCUAAGCUGAGCUCUACCGUUGCACGGUUAUGGGGCAGCAUGAUUGACGAAGUGGUUGUAUGGGGAAUCACCAAACUCAUGGGCGAAGCCUUCAAACUCCACUCGCAAGCGCUUGUAGGCUACGAGGACGCAAUGUCCUCGAGGUCUGGAUCAGCCUCGCCAUUGGCGUCCGGCGCCGUGCAAGUCCUUGAGAUGCAAAUGGCUUACUAGCCACAUGAUGACAUAUCCUUCUAUUUUUUCCGUUUCUUUGCUAGAUUGCAGCAGUCCUCUUCUCAUCUCGUCAUCUCUCUGCAUUCGGGAGGCAUGGCAUGGAGUUCGGUGUCAUUUU